GUAAUUCAAACAGACUGUUCCAGCACGUGGAAGAUCAUUGCAAACCCAGAUCUGUCCUGGUAUCACCAUGCCAACCCCAUCCUACUGCUGGUGAUGUACUACACGCUGGCGACUCUGAUCCGCAUCUGGCUGCAGGAACCCCUUGUGCAGGAUGAGAGGACCAAGGAGGAGGACAGAGCCCUGGCUUGUAGCCCCCUGCAGAUAACCGCUGAGAGGAGGCGGAGCCUGUGGUACGCGACCCAUUACCCAACCGAUGAGAGAAAACUUUUAUCCAUGACCCAAGAUGACUACAAACCAUCUGAUGGUCUACUGGUGACUGUGAACGGCAAUCCUGUGGACUACCACACCAUCCACCCCGGUCUUCCCAUAGAGAACGGCCCCGCCAAAGCUGACCUGUACUCCACCCCGCAGUACCGGUGGGAGCCCUCCGAUGACUCCUUGGAAAAGAAAGAGGAAGAAGAGGAUGAGAAAGAAGAAUUUGAAGAGGAAAGGAGCCAUGAGGAGAAAAGAAGUGUUAAAGUUCACGCCAUGGUCUCUGUGUUCCAGUUUAUUAUGAAACAAAGUUACAUCUGUGCCCUUAUUGCUAUGAUGGCUUGGAGCAUCACCUACCACAGCUGGUUGACUUUCGUGCUGUUGAUCUGGUCGUGCACUCUUUGGAUGAUUCGCAACAGGAGGAAAUAUGCCAUGAUCAGCUCUCCUUUCAUGGUGGUUUAUGGAAAUCUGCUGCUGAUAUUACAGUAUAUAUGGAGUUUUGAACUUCCUGAAAUUAAAAAGGUCCCAGGAUUUUUAGAAAAGAAAGAGCCAGGAGAACUUGCCUCAAAGAUACUUUUCACCAUUACUUUUUGGCUACUGCUGAGGCAGCACCUCACAGAGCAAAAAGCUCUUCGGGAAAAGGAAGCUCUUUUAUCAGAGGUCAAAAUUGGAAGUCAGGAAAAUGAAGAAAAAGAUGAUGAGCAAGAUAUACAGGUGGAAGGAGAGGCCGAAGAGAAGGAGGAAGAAGAGGAAGCAAAGGAAAAAAAGCAGGAGAGAAAGAAGGAAGAGGAAGAGGAAGUGGAGGAAGACGAUGACCAAGACAUCAUGAAGGUGCUGGGCAAUCUGGUGGUGGCCAUGUUCAUCAAGUACUGGAUCUACGUCUGUGGAGGAAUGUUCUUCUUCGUCAGCUUCGAGGGUAAAAUUGUGAUGUACAAAAUCAUCUACAUGGUGCUGUUUCUGUUCUGUGUGGCCUUGUAUCAGGUGCACUAUGAAUGGUGGAGGCGAAUGCUCAAAUAUUUUUGGAUGUCAGUGGUUAUCUAUACUAUGCUGGUGCUCAUCUUUAUAUACACGUAUCAGUUUGAAAAUUUCCCAGGCCUGUGGCAAAACAUGACUGGAUUAAAAAAAGAAAAACUGGCCCACCCUGAAGGAAGCCUUCCGGACCUUGCCAUGAUGAAUCUGACCGCCAGCCUAGAGAAGCCAGAGAUGAAGAAGGUGGCUGAGGCUGGUGAGGAGAAACUGGAGGUAUGCCUUGAAAAAGCCGAGAAGGGUGAGCUUGGGAAAGACAGCGAGGAGGAAGAGGAGGAGGAAGAGGAAGAGGAGGAGGAAGAGACCUCAGAUUUAAGGAACAAAUGGCAUCUGGUGAUUGACCGCCUUACUGUGCUCUUCUUAAAAUUCCUGGAAUAUUUUCACAAGCUGCAGGUGUUCAUGUGGUGGAUUUUGGAGUUGCAUAUCAUCAAAAUUGUUUCAUCGUACAUUAUCUGGGUUUCUGUGAAAGAGCCAAAUGAAAACCAAACGAAUGUCCCCCUCCAGCAGUUGAACAAGUCGCUGCUCUACAACGCUCCUAUUGACCCGACAGAGUGGGUCGGCCUGAGGAAGUCCUCCCCUUUGCUGGUGUACCUGAGGAAUAAUCUCCUGAUGCUGGCCAUUCUGGCCUUUGAGGUUACAAUUUACCGCCAUCAGGAAUACUACCGAGGUCGAAACAAUCUCACGGCCCCUGUGUCUAAAACCAUCUUUCAUGACAUCACAAGACUCCAUCUAGAUGAUGGACUUAUUAAUUGUGCCAAAUAUUUCAUAAAUUACUUCUUCUACAAGUUUGGUCUAGAGACCUGUUUCCUAAUGUCAGUUAACGUCAUUGGGCAGCGAAUGGACUUCUAUGCCAUGAUUCACGCCUGCUGGUUGAUCGCUGUCUUGUAUCGACGCAGAAGGAAAGCCAUUGCAGAGAUCUGGCCCAAGUACUGCUGCUUCCUGGCCUGCAUCCUCACGUUCCAGUACCUCAUCUGCAUCGGCAUCCCUCCGGCUCCUUGCAGAGAUUACCCGUGGAGAUUCAAGGGUGCCAGCUUCAACGACAACAUCAUUAAGUGGCUGUACUUCCCAGACUUCAUUGUGCGGCCCAACCCAGUGUUCCUCAUCUAUGACUUCAUGCUGCUUCUGUGUGCCUCCUUACAAAGGCAAAUUUUUGAGGAUGAAAAUAAGGCUGCAGUGCGAAUCAUGGCAGGAGACAAUGUUGAGAUUUGCAUGAACCUUGACGCGGCCUCCUUCAGCCAACAUAACCCUGUUCCAGACUUCAUUCACUGCAGAUCAUACUUAGACAUGUCCAAAGUAAUCAUCUUCAGCUACCUCUUCUGGUUCGUGCUCACGAUCAUCUUCAUCACCGGGACCACCAGGAUCAGCAUCUUUUGCAUGGGUUACUUGGUGGCCUGCUUCUAUUUCCUGCUCUUUGGGGGCGAUUUGCUAUUGAAACCCAUCAGGAGCAUCCUGCGCUAUUGGGACUGGCUGAUUGCAUACAACGUUUUUGUGAUUACAAUGAAAAACAUACUAUCAGGCAACGUUCCCACUCGGGAGAGCAUCCACAUGUACUAUCAGAACCACAUCAUGAACCUGUCCCGAGAGUCUGGACUGGACACCAUUGACGACCGUCCUGGUGCUGCUUCAGGUGCACAGACAGCCCACAGGAUGGAUAGCUUAGAUUCACAUGACAGUAUCUCCAGCGAGCCCACCCAGUGCACCAUACUGUCCUCGCGCCAGGGGACCACGGAAACCAUCGAGGAGGUGGAGGCCGAGCAGGACGAGGAAGCCGAGAGGGACGAGGAGGCCGAGGAGGCGGGGGUCGGGGACGCAGACCAGGCGGGUGAGGAGGCCCCCGAGGAUGGUGAGGAGGGCGACGAGGAAGCCCCGCCGUCCUACAGCAAGGCCGUCAGCCUGGAGCGCCUGUCCUUGGACUCGCGGGAUGGCUCUGCAGGCCGGAACCACAUGGCGGUCAGCCCCGACGACAGCCGCUCCGACAGGCUGGAGUCCAGCAUCUUACCGCCCCUGACUCACGAGCUGACGGCCAGCGAGCUGCUGCUGAACAAGAUGUUCCAUGACGAUGAGCUCGAGGAGUCGGAGAAAUUCUACGUUGGCCAGCCCCGGUUCUUGCUGCUGUUCUAUGCCAUGUACAACACGCUGGUGGCCCGCUCAGAAAUGGUGUGCUAUUUCGUGAUCAUCCUCAACCACAUGGUCUCUGCCUCCAUGAUCACCCUGGUGCUUCCCAUUCUGAUCUUCCUCUGGGCCAUGCUGUCUGUCCCUAGGCCCAGCAAACGGUUCUGGAUGAUGGCCAUUGUCUACACAGAGGUGGCCAUUGUGGUCAAGUAUUUCUUCCAAUUUGGGUUCUUUCCCUGGAACAAGAAUGUGGAAUUGCACAAAGAUAAACCUUACCACCCACCUAAUAUCAUAGGAGUGGAAAAGAAAGAAGGUUAUGUCCUUUAUGAUCUCAUUCAGCUCCUGGCUCUGUUCUUCCAUCGAUCAAUUUUGAAGUGCCACGGCUUGUGGGAUGAAGAUGACGUCUCUGACAGUGGCAUGGACAAGGAAGAGUCAGAUGAUGAGCUCUCCUUCAGUCACUGCCGAAGAGCCUCCUCCGAUUCUCUGAAAUCCAUCAACCUGGCUGCGUCCGCGGAGUCGGUGCACGUGACCUUCCCAGAGCAGCUGGCGGCUGUCCGGAGGAAGCGCUCCGGCAGCAGCUCCCAGACGUCGCAUAGGUCCAGCUUUUCUUCAAACAGAUCCAAAAGAGGCAGCACAAGCACCCGAAACAGCAGUCAAAAAGGAAGUAGUGUUUUGAGCGUUAAGCAAAAAAGCAAAAGAGAGCUUUAUAUGGAAAAGCUUCAAGAACAUUUAAUCAAAGCAAAAGCAUUUACUAUAAAGAAGACUCUGCAAAUAUACGUGCCCAUCAGACAGUUCUUCUACGACCUCAUCCACCCAGACUACAGCGCUGUGACUGAUGUGUACGUGCUCAUGUUCCUGGCUGACACUGUCGACUUCGUCAUCAUCGUCUUUGGCUUUUGGGCCUUUGGGAAACACUCAGCAGCAGCAGACAUCACCUCCUCGCUGUCCGAGGACCAGGUCCCUGGGCCGUUUUUGGUGAUGGUCCUCAUUCAGUUUGGAACCAUGGUGGUGGACCGAGCACUGUACCUCAGGAAGACUGUAUUGGGAAAGGUCAUUUUCCAGGUCAUUCUUGUGUUUGGAAUUCACUUCUGGAUGUUCUUCAUCUUGCCCGGUGUGACUGAGAGGAAAUUCAGCCAGAAUCUGGUGGCUCAGCUUUGGUACUUUGUGAAGUGUGUUUACUUCGGGUUGUCUGCCUACCAAAUCCGUUGUGGUUACCCAACGCGCGUCCUUGGAAACUUCCUCACAAAGAGUUACAAUUAUGUCAACCUCUUCUUGUUUCAGGGGUUCCGCCUCGUUCCGUUUUUGACUGAGCUGAGGGCCGUGAUGGACUGGGUGUGGACAGACACGACCUUGAGCCUCUCCAGCUGGAUCUGUGUGGAGGACAUCUAUGCUCACAUAUUCAUCCUGAAGUGUUGGCGGGAGUCAGAAAAAAGAUACCCACAGCCGCGGGGGCAGAAGAAGAAGAAAGUGGUGAAGUAUGGCAUGGGGGGCAUGAUCAUCGUGCUGCUCAUCUGCAUUGUCUGGUUUCCUCUUCUCUUCAUGUCUCUGAUCAAAUCUGUCGCUGGGGUGAUCAACCAGCCCCUGGACGUCUCGGUCACAAUCACCCUGGGAGGGUACCAGCCUAUUUUCACGAUGAGUGCCCAGCAAAGCCAGUUGAAAGUUAUGGACCAGCCAAAGUUUAAUAAAUUUGUGAAAUCUUUUUCUAGGGACACUGGUGCCAUGCAAUUUCUGGAAAAUUAUGAAAAAGAAGACAUAACAGUAGCAGAACUGGAAGGAAACUCAAAUUCUUUGUGGACCAUCAGCCCUCCCAGUAAGCAGAAAAUGAUACAGGAACUCAUGGACCCCAAUAGUAGCUUCUCUGUUGUUUUUUCCUGGAGUAUUCAGAGAAACAUGAGUCUGGGUGCAAAAGCAGAAAUAGCAACAGAUAAGCUUUCUUUUCCUCUUAAAAACACUACACGAGAGAAUAUAGCUAAAAUGAUAGCUGGCAACGACACAGAAAGUUCCAAAACACCGGUGACUAUAGAAAAGAUCUACCCAUAUUACGUGAAAGCGCCCAGUGAUUCUAACUCAAAACCCAUAAAGCAACUUCUGUCUGAAAAUAAUUUCAUGAAUAUCACCAUCAUUUUGUCCAGAGACACUUCAACUAAAUCUAACAGUGAGUGGUGGGUUCUCAACCUGACUGGAAACAGAAUAUACAACCAGCAUGCUCAGGCCUUGGAGCUGGUGGUCUUCAAUGACAAAGUCAGCCCCCCUAGCCUGGGGUUCCUGGCUGGCUAUGGCAUCCAAUUCAUCCCCGAUUCUCAGCUCUGCCUCUCGGAGGGGCCCCCUCCCUCCGCGUCCACGGACACCCUCCCGUCUCCCGCUCCGCCCCGCGCCCCCCUCCACCCCGCCCGGGAGCAGCAGAGCGCACCCCCGUCUCCCCCCAUCCUGCGGGGCCUCCGCGGCUCCGAGCACGCAGCCCGCACCCCGGCGCCCCUCCAGUCUCUCCCCUGCGGCCCCCCCCCCCCAGGGACAGGGCCUGCGGCCCACCCCCGGCCUCUCUCCCCCCGCUCCCCGCACGUCUGCUCAUCAAAGGCCCGCAGCAGACAGGAGCCCGCGGGGGAGAAGCGCCUGCUCCGCGCCGGAGUUCGGAGCCACAACGCCGGGGUCCAAGCCCACGUCCGCCACCAGCUGGCUGGGAGGUCCCGGGCGGAAGUGGUCUCGGCAGAAACCCGGGCGCGGACACCGCUCUGCUUCCCUUCCCGUCAGGACGGCGCCCCCUCAGCCGGCUUGAGUUUCGGAGGAGUCACCAGGGGUCGGAUUAGACGCCGGCCCUGUCGGGACGACCAGCUGGAGACCUUAUUCAGCCUCACGGCCAUCGUGAGCUCGCCCACCUCUCGGGGAGGGACCCACAUCCCACCCCAGCUCCAUGUCCUCCUGGGGUGGGCGCGUGCGCGCACGUCACCCCGCGGCGUGAAAGCGUUGCCUGGAAGGCAAAAGCUUCAGGAGUCCCCGCAUGUCUGGUGGAAGCUCUCCAGCUCCCGACCAGGCCUGCCGCUGGCUCCACCGCGCGGCCUGUGCUCCUGA